CCAGUUCGUAUCAAGCCCGAGAUAUAGAAACAACCCACGUACACACAGAAACAACGAACCGUUUGCAAUCGAAGUCUGAUAACAAGACUUGCAACAAUUGUGGAGGAGAAUGGCCGCACAAAAAUCAAUGCCCCGCACAAGGGAAAACAUGUCGCAAGUGCAACAAACCGAACCACUUUCAAUCAGUUUGUAGGAGCUCAAAAUUCUCGAAGCAGAAACAAAGACGUCCUGCACAUUCUCGCAAAUCACAUGCAGCGGUGAGACCUUUGCAGCAUGAGGAUAAUUCUAGUGACGAGGAAUACCUGUAUACGGUCUCAAAUGGCAACGACAAAUUAUCAAAACGCAGCCCUGUGGUUAAUGUUGUGGUCGAGGGUCACAAGUUCAACAUGAUAUUGGACACCGGAUCCACAAUCAACGUUAUCGAUAGAAAUACUUUCGAAAAGAUGCACGGAGUCAAGUUACAACAAACCAAAAUAAAAGCUUUUCCAUUCAACUCUUCGAAACCAGUUUGUUUUAUAGGAAAAUUUGAAUCGAUGAUCACAACAAAAUCUCGCUAUGGAGUUGCAACAUUUUAUGUCCUAAAAGAUCGUCAUGCUGGUUGUUUACUUUCAGCCAAUACAGCACAAGAACUUGGAGUCAUAACGCUGAAAUUGAACAAACUUUCAGUUUCAGCAACCCCUACAAAACAUAUUGAUCCGCAAAUUGAUGCCAUUAUUCAACGUUUCAACAAAGUCUUUGAAGGAACUGGUAAACUGAAGGGGUACUCGGUGAAGCUAAACAUCGACGAAAAGGCAAUACCACGUGCACAACCGCAAAGGAGAAUUCCUUUUCAUUUGAGAAAGAAAGUUAAAGAAGCUGUCACCCAGCUGGAAAAAGAGGGGAUCAUUGAAGCUGUACCAGAAAACGCGCCUUCGCAGUGGGUAUCUCCAAUCGUCGUAGUACCGAAAAAGGAUGGAUCUGUUCGUCUUUGCGUAGAUAUGCGUGUGCCAAAUACUGCAAUAAAACGUGUACGUUAUCCGAUCCCUACAUUGAAUGAUAUCAGCAUUCAACUCAAUGGUGCCAAAUAUUUCAGUAAAUUGGAUCUAAACCAAGCUUACCACCAGCUACCAUUACACAUAGACAGUCGUUUUAUCACUACCUUCAGCACACACGUAGGACUUUAUCGAUACACUUGUCUCAAUUAUGGGACAAAUGCUGCUAUGGAAAUUUUCCAGCAUGUUUUACAAGAAACUUUACAAGGUAUAAAUGGAGUGCUGAACAUCGCAGAUGACAUCGUAGUUUUUGGCAAAACUCGCAAGGAACACGAUUUAGCUUUGCAAAAUUGUUUGCAACGUCUGCAUUCAAAAUGCCUUACGCUAAAUCUCAAGAAAUGUAACUUUCUACAGAAAUCAAUUCAGUUUUAUGGACAAAUUUUCACAGAACAUGGUACGCAGCCAGAUCCAGCACGCAUAAGCGAUCUUCAGAAUGCACCAAUACCUACCAGCAUCAAAGAGGUACGAAGCCUGCUCGGAAUGGCAAACUAUAGUGCUAAGUACAUCCAAGAUUUUGCGACGCUCACUGCACCACUUCGAGAGUUGACAAAAAAGAAUACACCAUUCGUAUGGCAAGCAGUUCAACAGAAAGCAUUUGAAAACAUAAAAUUGGCUCUGUCAGAAGCUCCCGUUAUGUCGUAUUUCGAUACCAAUAAAGAAACUUUCGUUACGGUGGACGCAAGUCCCGUAGGUGUGUCCGCAAUUUUGAGUCAAGCAACCAAGAACAGUGAUGAUUACAAGGUUGUUGCUUACGCCAGUCGUGGACUGUCCGAUACUGAGAAACGAUACUCGCAAACGGAAAAAGAGGCUCUAGCCAUCGUUUGGGCCGUAGAACAUUUUCAUUUGUUCCUAUAUGGCAACGAAGUUACUUUGAUUACAGAUCACAAACCUUUGGAAACCAUUUACGGCAGUUCAACCUCUAAGCCGUCCGCGAGGAUUGAGCCAUGGGUUUUGCGACUACAACCUUAUUCGUUUAAAGUGCAGUACAAGGCAGGAAGCGAGAACUCUGCUGAUUAUCUAUCCAGACACCCCUCCAGUCAACAAUCGCGAAAACAAGAAAGAAUUGCGGAGGAGUACGUAAACAUGAUUACGAGUCACUCUGUGCCUAAAGCUAUGUCGCUAGACGAAAUAGCGAGUGCUACCAACACUGACAAGACAUUGCAAGCAUUGCGAGCCGCUAUACGAACAAAUAGAUGGCAAGCAUCUGAUCGUUUAAAGCCUUAUUGUGCAAUCAACGAUGAGCUCACUGUUGGUGCGAAGGGAAUUGUUUUGAGAGGAACACGUUUAGUUAUACCAGAGUCACUUCAGCAACGAGCUAUAGAUAUUGCCCAUGAAGCUCACCAAGGUCUUUCCAAAACAAAAAGUCUAUUACGAGAAAAAGUAUGGUUCCCAGGUAUGGACAACCUAGUUCAGCAUACCCUAGAUUCGUGCCUGACUUGUCAAAUUGUCGGCAAACCAUCGCCACCAGAACCUCUGCAACAAACUGAUUUUCCUAAAGGACCAUGGGAAACUGUUCAUAUCGAUUUCUGCGGACCGCUUCCUUCAGGAGAUCAUCUUUUAGUCGUCAUUGAUCGUUAUUCGCGAUUUCCGGAAACCGAAUUUGUGCGAUCCACGAAAGCAUCAACUGUCAUUCCGAAGCUGGACAAAAUAUUUUCGGUACACGGCAUACCACGUGAAUUAAAGACAGAUAACGGUCCACCAUUCUCGAGUGAAGAGUUUGCACGAUAUGUAAAUAUCCUCGGUAUAAACCAUAAACCUGUCACACCUUACUGGCCGCAGGCAAAUGGAGAAGUCGAACGCUUUAAUCAGCCUCUCAUCAAAGCCGUACAAAGCGCAGUGGCAGAUGGUAAGGUAUGGCAACAAGAACUGAACCGUUUCUUGUUCCAGUAUCGUAAUACACCUCACAGCACAACGAAAAUUGCGCCAUCAGAGUUGUUAUUCAACAGGAAAGUACAAGGAAAAUUUCUUACUUUAGAGAACAAUCGCGUAAUAAAUCGACACAAAGAAGCUAGAAUAAACGAGGAACGCAGUCGAUCAUACCAAGAAACAUAUGCAAACAAACGCAGAAAAGCAAAGAAGAGCAACCUUCAAGUUGGAGAUACUGUUCUUGUCCGCCAACAAAAAAGGGACAAACUAACGACACGAUUCAGCAAAACGCAAUACAAAGUCGUAAACCGUAAAGGUACGCAGAUAACUGCAGAAGACAGUAAUCAUCGUCGUGUAACUCGCAACGUAUCAUUUUUAAAAAAAUUACGCGCUCAGAUGUCGGAUUCCGAAGAUGCCAAUCAAUCAAAUCGAGCCACAUACGCUUGUGAACAAGAGGUUCCUAGACCUGCUGAAAGACUAGUUAGAAAACGUUAUGCACCAGUACGAUAUGGUGAACCAAUACCAUUGGGCACUUUGUAAACAGUAUACGAAAAAAAACUUCUUUAAAAGGAGGAGUGAUGUAGUAACCUAAUUGACUAUGCGCAGGAGCAUUACUUUAUGUGACCCAUGUUUAUAUAGUUUCAGAUUACAGUUGACAGUAUUACAGUUAUGUGUGUAGGCCGUUUGAAGUUAAUAUAAAGUUAUCGUUUUGUUUCUGUUCAACCCAUGCGUUGUUCUAUCUCCUUCACAUCUUAACAGCUUAAAAACUAUUGAAAAUACUGAAUUUAAGAGCACCUCAGAAUGGCUUUCUGCUAAUCAAUUAACAAUCUUUUGGUGGUACAAAACUUAAAAAUGGCUUUGAAAAAAGCAAACAUUUAGUAAACUAAAGCUUUUCGUCUGACACUCUGACACAUGAAUAAUGCGACAUCUUAAUUUUCUUUCAAUAUUCGUUGAAUGAGAAAAUGUCACCUGUUGAUAGAAGUGGUUUGAAUCUUCUGUAUGCUACAGUCAUAGAACAUUCUAUUUGCUAUUCAAAUCAUUCUAUUUUGCUGCAAAAGUUGAAGCAUUUUAGGCUUCAGAAGUAACAAAACAUCAUUAAUUGCAGACAUUUUAUGGUUACUGUUGCCUAGAUAAAAUUCAAUAGCCGUUCAAAAUUUAUGAUUAAUCAACCAGUUGCUCAACCAAAUGAAUCUUACAUAUUCAUGUAAUUCAAAAGGAUAUCUAUUGACUGUGGGUGGUUAAUAAAGACUACAUCAAUAUUCUGUUGAUAAACUUAUUCUUUUCAAGCGAUGACCAAGUUCAUGUGAGCUGGUUGUGGUUUUCUGCAAGAAAGAAAACGACAUAGAGAUCAGAAUUUUAAUAUGUCAUUUUAAAAACUUAUUAAAAAAGAAAUUGAAUUGAAUUAACAUUUUAUUAUGUAUAAAUGGAAGCAAUCAGUUAUUUGAACCAUUUUAAGAAUCAUUUUGAAAACAAAUCUGUUAUGAUUCAACAACAUGGAAAUCUGUUGACACGACCUGUGCAAAUAUUCCUGUUUCGAAACUCCUGUUGCAGAUAAAUUUUCAUGGCCUAUGUAUAAAACACCAUUGAAGAUUGUAAAUUUCAGCGAUUUACUAUUAGUAUACUAUCCUUUUUUGACUUGCUUAUCAGGAUUUUUCAUGUUCUUAUGCCACAAAAGUAACUUUUCACAAAAGGAGCAUUAAGAGAAUGACAAUUCGUUUGGUUGCAGUGUCGUUUGAUAACAUGAAGUCAUCUACGAGAUUACUAUCACAGGAAUAUUGCUAGGUGUAAGCUGAGUUCAUUCAAUAAAGCAUAGAAACAGCUCGUUUCUAUAGGACUUAAUUUGAUUCUCUGGGACUAAUAUUUCUUUGUAGCCUUUUCCUGAGAUUAUAUUAAAAAAAACCUUAUAAAGAUGAAUUUUUAAUCAACUUUAAGAGAGAAAAUGAGGCAUCGACAAAGAUAAAUAUGAAAAUAUACUUACUCUGAACUGGCGAUCUUUAAUUGAUAUCCCUUUGUCAAAUAAGAGUACAUUCCAAGCAAUCUCAAAAGAUUCGCAUAGAAUAUCAUUUUUUAAAAAUAUUUUUCAAUCACACAAUUUACUUGAUUACCUUAAACCAUGAGAAUGAUAGAAACUUAUUCCGCCUGAGAACAAACCUCAUCAUCUACUAUAUUUUUAAUUAUAAGUCAAACACAGCUCAAAGAAGGUUUUUAACUAGGUAAAUGUUUUUCUUCUGAAAAUAAGUACCAAGAUUGUAUUUGAUAAUUGCCAUAA